AUGCCACGGAUUCGGUGGUUCAAACUCGAACUUGUUCCCGAUCUUGAUCUUGGGGAAGGAGCAAGACCGCCUUCGAUACACAGUGAUUGCCGCCGAAUGUCUAUUUCCUGUUUUUCAUCACCCGAGAAGGUCGUUACCGACUACCUUCGUUCCCUACUGGACAGCGCGAACCUCGAAUUUGUUAUCACAGUCCCAGCAAUGUGGCCAGAUAAAGCGAAAAUGUCAACACUCUCGUGCGCAGAAAAAGCGGGCUUUGGAGACAUGUCUACGAUACACAUUAUAUCUGAGCCUGAAGCUGCUGCCAUACAUUCGCUACGUGCUCCUGGGCACCCUUUGGCGGAUAUUGGAGAUACGUUUAUCUUAUUGUUCAUGAUCACUGGGCUUGAACCCUAUGUGCGUCUAAGAGAAGAAGCACCGGGUACUGGAUCAAUGUGUGACAGCACUUUCCUUAACAAGAGCUUCGAAAAGUUGCUGGACGAACGCCUCUCCCAUCUCCCGGGAUGGGACAGAGACACGCUAGACGAGGCAAUGCAGCGUUAUGAAAGUGUCGUGAAAAGGGUAUACGAGGGAAGCACUGAUCACGACUUUAUGUUUCCUGUGCCAGAGAUGCGGAAGCUAUUUCUACCUACUAUACGAGAUAUUGAGAAACUUGUCCGUGAGCAACUCCAGACUUCUCGUGCAGAGGUGAAAGCAGUUUUGUUGGUUGGGGGGUUUGGACAAAGUCCAUACCUUCGCAAACAUCUUCGUGACUGCUUCUCUCCGGGCGUGCAAGUGAUAGCACCAGUCGACGGCUGGACUGCUGUCGUCAGGGGCGCGUUGGCAAAGACUCUUGGGGAUAUUUCCGACACAACGGCGAAGGCUUUCAUAGAAUCGCGCAAGGCCAGGGCAAAUUAUGAGACAAUAUACUGGACUUACUUUUAUGGUGAGUAUUGUAUUGAUGUUAUGAGAUGGUUUGUUCGCAAGGGGGAUGACAUGGAAGAAGCGAAGGCCAUCAAAACAAAAUGGACUAAACGUAGACGGAUCAAGGAUGGACCUUUCAGCUCAAUUAGUGUCAGCCUAUACAAAGUGGAUACUGCUCUAGGUGAAAAGCCACCUUUGUAUUUCAAUCGCCGCGUGAACCAACAUGCCACAUUGAACCCAAGUCUCGGUGUCAUUGAAAAGGAACGCAUCCCAAUUGAACGCGGUGCAGACAAUAAGCUGUACUACGUCGUCCAAUACGAAAUCCACGCGGUGUACUAUUCCGCUCACUAUGUAUACACCCUCUGGUAUGAAGGUCGCAACUAUGGGAGCGUCAAAGCCGACUACAUCUGA